GUUGGCAAAUCGGUUGUGAAAGCCGCUGGGCGGGGCAUCGAGCAUGUGCUUCCUGCGCACUAGAGAGCGCAUUAUCCCCCCCUCUGCUAUCAGAGUGUGGCGUCGGAGCAGACGUGAGUGUUCGGUGCUGCGUGGUGGUUUAUCUGCGUCCUUGAGGCUAAAGUGCACCUUUAGCAUUCUUUAAUUUGAAUGCAAGCGAACAAUGACCGACGGAGCGGACAUUAGAGUGCGCAGUCUCAGAGCUCUGUCAUUAUUAUGACCUCAAACCAGAAGUGAAACCACUGAAAAACACCUGCAGGAUGGAGGGCCAGAGCAUCCUCCACAACCUUUCAUUCAGGGUGGAGGAGAUGUCAGACCCUCUGCCCUCCACCAUGUCCAUAGACAAGCUGCUCCCAGCUCUCCUGGAGUGCUUUGGGAUCAUCCUGUGUGGGUACAUCGCAGGCAGGACCAACAUCAUCACAAGCACCCAAGCCAAAGGACUGGGAAAUUUUGUGUCCAAGUUUGCCCUCCCGGCCCUGCUGUUCAAGAACAUGGUGCUGCUGGACUUCAAUGACGUCAUCUGGCCCUUCCUCUGGAGCAUCCUCAUCGCCAAAGUCUCUGUGUUUUGCCUCGUGUGUGUUCUCACCCUGAUAGUUGCCAAUCCUGACAGUCGGUACAGCAAGGCCGGGCUCUUCUCUAUAUUUGCUACCCAAAGCAAUGACUUCGCCCUGGGGUAUCCAAUAGUUGAAGCCCUCUACCAGACCACACAUCCAGAGUAUCUCCAGUACAUCUACCUGGUUGCACCUGUGUCCCUGAUGCUCCUGAACCCCAUCGGCUUUGCGCUCUGUGAGGUCCAGAAGUGGAAGAAUCAUGAAAACCACGAGCAGCACAACAAAUUAUGCAUCCUGGGACUUGUAGUUCUGCAGGUUUUGAAGAACCCGAUUGUGUUCAUGGUUGUCAUUGGGAUUAUCGCCCACUUUGUCCUGCACCAAACAAUCCCCCCUUUCAUGGCUGAGUUUGUAGACGGCCUGGCCAACUCCUUUGGGGGAGCAGCUCUGUUCUACCUUGGUUUGACCAUGGUGGGCCAGUUGAGGAAAUUAACCAGAUCCACGGUUGUGACACUGAUAUUACUUACUACAGCAAAACUGCUGUUGAUGCCUCUCAUCUGCAAGGAUAUGGUGGAUCUGCUGGACAACAACAGCACGGAUGCUGCGAACCAAUCCAGCCUGUCCGAUUUCGCUUUCCUUUACGGAGUCUUCCCCACGGCUCCAAGUGUGGCCAUCUAUGCUGUUUAUUAUAAUGCAGAACUGCAAGUGGUGACCUCUGGGAUGGUGAUCAGCACUUUUCUCUCAGCGCCUAUCAUGUAUCUUUCGGCCUGGUUGCUGACGGUGCGCAAGAUGGAUCCCCAGCUGUUGAUGAAUUCCUUACAGACAGUCAGCUUCAAUAUGAGCAUUGUUAGCCUAUUCGCACUGGUGUGGACAAUUGCUGUCAUGUUUUUAAGUAAGAAAUACAAGAGGCUACCUCACAUGUUCACUGUCAACCUGUUUCUGGCACAGUUGCUAACUUGCAUUGGGAUGAUUCAGUGGAACUUUGUGGUGAAAGAAGGAAACUUCAUCGGGCAGAUUCUGACUUUCACCCUGUUAUGCACCUCCCUCUACAGUACUUACAUGUGGCCAGGGUUGAUUGCGCUCUCAGUUCUGCUCACGAAAAAGCACGAUGACCUGAAAGGAUCAUCUGGCUUGUUGGUCAUUGCCGGCUGGGGGAUUCCAUGUAUUGUUACUGCUGCUCUGCUCUGCUCUGGUCAGAAACUGCCCAAUACUAUUGAUCCCCUUUACUUCUAUGGUAAAGAACAGAUCAUUUGCACCACGCUUGUCGUGAGUUUCAGCAUUCUUCUUGGAGGAAGCUCUCUUGUGUGUCUCAGUAGAGGAAGCUGGACCCGAAAUGUGCCAAGUGAAGAGGGAAACUCUGUGCUUAACUCCACAGAGGAUCGUGUGGUUGAAGUCGAAGCAGAAAACCAGAAUCUGAUUGAACCAGCAACCCCAUCUGGAGGAGUCAGAGAGUGCCUCGGCUGUGACUGUUCUCCACUCCCGCCCAUGCCAGACAUGAUCAUCAGCACAAAUGUGACCGGCAGCACAAACGCAGUUCAGUGUGGGAACUGCUGCGAGUCAACCGACUGUCUUCUCGGUAAAAUGGAGGAGUUCCAGCAGGUUGGAGAUAAACAAGUGGUCCGCCAUGUCCUCCUGUGUUUGCUUCUGACUGUGAACCUGCUGGCUAACCUUUCCACUUGCAUAUGGCUGCUCUGCAACCAUGCUCCCGGGAGACUCUACUUGGAGUUACUGUUUUUCUGUGCAAUAGUCAAUUAUGGUCAGGGAUUUCUCUCCUUUGCACUUUUUGGGUUAGACAAGCAUUUGAUUUUACUCCCAUUCAAGAGGUUUUUCACUCGAUGGUUUAGGAGGAAGCAAAAACAGCAGCCGGAUUUACCCGAUGACAUCAGGAUGACCUGCACCCAGUUCACCAAAUACCACAAGCAACAGUGCUGCUGUGACAUCGUUAAGAAUCAAAGGUGUGGGAGGAAAACAGUGAUGAAGUGUUUCCUUGGCUGUGAGUUCGUGGAUUGGCUGCUGCAGGUGGGCUUGGCUCAGGACCGCGGCGAAGCAGUGCUCUAUGGGACACAGCUCCAGCAGGGAGGCGUGCUUCAGCACAUCAAGGAUGAAUUCAGCUUCCAAGACAGUCCGCUAUACUUUUACUUCAUUUCAUGAAACCAAAGUAAAACAUAACAUUUCUUUCAUCUCAGAAGGCUUAGUGUUUCAUUAAAAAAGGAGACCAGGAGAUUUUAGUGGGAGGUGUUUUCAGAAGUUGAGAAAGGAAAUACUCCCCUGGGAGUUGUGCAUUUGUCCAAGGACACAUCUAUUCAACAAGUUUCCUUUUUUAAACCACAAUACUUUGUUUAUUUGACAUUGUAGGACUUUACACCUGUGGUUGCCUCACUUUCAACAGCCAAUGAGCUGUUACAUGUGCACACAGCCAACUGUGUUAUCAGAGCAUCAAAGCCGUUUAUUUUAAGGUGGAUGCCAGAUCUCUGUAUUAGCAGGUAUCUUACAGCAUUAAAAAAUGAACAUAGAUUUUGCUCAUUAGUACACUGGAUAAAAUGAGGGAUUAUUAGUCCUUCAAAAUACCCAAAAGGUCAUCAAUAAUGCAAUGGUUUUGCAUGUCUUGUAUGCAGUCAGUGCAUGACUUAUUCUUCAUUUAAGUGCUAACGGGUAAGAGAUUAUGCACAAAAAAGUACUUGAAGUAUUUAGGGAAGAAAGCAGUUUUCUUUCUUCUGAAUCCAUGGUUUCUAAGACAAAGGAAGGCUGGGAUUUUUCUAUUGACAGCUUCUUCUUUUUUUGGUUUUUGUUUGCAAGGCUGCCUUUCUACUAAUGUGGUGUGAUGCAUUUUUGGAGAUUUUUGUAAUUAAACAUUACUAAACAUACUUGCAGAC